UUCCUCAAAGUGUGUAGCAGCCAGUGUUUGGACUUGGGAUAUUGUUUUUGCCUGUUUUGUCAGAAGCUCAGACACUCUGUUGCCAAAAGCCAACUUUUUGUUAUAAGACUACAUUUUUAACUUCUACAAUGAAAGGAGGCUCUCUCGCGCAGCUGCUGCUCGUCAUGUCGGUGCUGGCCAGAGACGCGUGGGGUCGCCCUGCCGCGCGGGACAAUGAUCCUCUCCGUGACCUCAACCUGGCCAUCCCCAUAGCCGAGUUCGUCUACCACCUGUCCAGCCAAGCGUACGCCGAGCUGCAGGAGAAGCCCUACCACGGAGAGCCCCCACGCGUGGCACCUUGGAGUCCCCCCAACGUGGUGAUGUCGUGUCACCCAGCCAGCUGGCAGGCGCCCAGCAAGAAGGACGAGGUCCUACAUAAGACGGACGACGAGCUGCUGCGCAUAUCUCUGGAGGUGCUGGAGUCGUGGAGCGGGGUGUUCCUGCGGACCCACGCCAUCCCGCUCGCCAAGCAGCUCGCCGCGAUGCAGCGCCUGCUACAGGACGGCGUUGCCACGAUGAGCGAGGGCAGGAAGCCCGCCCUGGAGUUCACCUCUGUCGGGGCGCUGCCCCCGGUCGACGAGAGCCUCCUACGCAAUCACCGGCAGGACCUGCUCAGCUGCUUCAAGAACGAUGCACACCGAGUGGUCACCUACCUCAAGGUCAUAAAGUGCCGACGCUUCCAUGACUGCAGCAAGCCCUGAAGCUCUCGCAAAGGGCAGCUGAGCGAUGUUAUACGUACGAGGAACGGGGUGGAACGUGGCUUCUGACUUGUACCAGAUUGUUGUGUUUUUUAUUGUUUGUUUGUUUGUUUUGGAGGAGAAGGGGAUGUGAACUAGACCCGCUUCGUCAAUUGCGUGAAGGUUUGCCGCCGAUAUUAAUCCGGUUCAUCCCUCUGCUUUGAUUUGGGAAGGUGCUUUACGCUCGUUGCUUUUAAAAUAAUAAUCUGGGACGACUAAGAAGCCACGUUUAGUCUAUUCUAUAACCAAGCCAUCAUCGCACCAUUUGCACUAUCGCUUUACUUUCUUUACAGGGGAACGGAGUGGGGGGGGGGGUCUAUGUAUGCAUCUCGACACACUUUCGCUAAUGUUAAUUGCAUAAAGUGAGUGGGGGUUUUCUCUGCAUUGAGUGGUCACAAAGGUACAAGGACAUUGGUCACCAUUGAGUAAAACAAGUAUACGUUGAAGGAAACAUUUUUAGUGGAAAAAAUAUUCAUCUUUUUUGGCGAAAGUACGUCUCUUUUGGUUGUUGUUUUCCUUACGUAACUCUAUUCAACACGCAAAAUUUUAGCAGCCGGUUGAAAAUCCGAGUGCGGCUUUCCGGGUUGGGCCACGCGCUGAGCGUUGCUUCUCUGAAGCUUUCGCCACUGCACUGCUGCGGCUGGCCAUCGUAAGGGGAUUGCGUGCGAAGAUGGACUACGGGAGAGUGUUUGCUGAGAAAGAGUGAGAGAAGAAAAGGCAUUUAUCGAUGUUCAACGCCAACCCGACAAAAACCACGCUCGGCUUACGUAACUCAUCAAUCAUAAUGACAUUAAUGAAAAGAUAGAAAGUAAUUUUAUUGAGGUGAAAUUCUGUUUUACCAAAGCACAUUAAACACCAUACUUUGGUCAUAAAUGAUGCAAACAGCACAUUUGUUGGAGUGUUGAUCUCAUUGCUAAUCUGGACCGAUAUCUUAGGUUUACAACAUUUGCCCUGUGUGGUGGUUUGCUAACUGAGCAGUUUUUUUUUCGUUCUCUCGGUCUUUUAAAGCAAAGCUUCACUUUUGAAACGACUCAUUGGCAAACCAGUGCAUUGCGCGUCCAGUGGAGGCUCGCGAGUGAUUAGAAUGUGUGCUUAUCGUGGCUAUCGCAAACUUUGCCUGCGCUUAUCCUGUCCUUAUCCAAAACUUCAUGUGAACACAAGCCCAGCUCUUCUCAGUAGAUGUAUAUAAUGUACCGAACUAUAUUAAAAAAAAAAUUGUUAU